AAUGUUUUGUAAAUAUACUAAGUACGGUGUAAUUUCACAUAUUUUUACUUCCUUUACACGAGACGCAAGCUCAACUAGUCGUCUUUAGGACACACGUAGAAUGAUUUUUAACAAGUAUUUUUCAUUAAAUGUGUUUUUUACACUAUUGUUCGUUAGCGUAGUUAAUUGUGGCAAAAAUUCUGAAGAAUACAAUGGCCAGAAUAAACCAGAUGUGGCCAGAACGGGUAAAACGAAAAAGGCAUUGAUGGCCCAGAAAACAGCUACAGGAACGUUUUCAAAUGUGAUCACUCAGAUACAGAACCUACCGACUAUGGACCUUGGAAGGAAGUUCCGGACUCCGUGUAAAACUGGUAAUCGAUGUGGAAAGGUGAUCAAAAGGUUGAUGGUGCCAAAAUUAGCGCAGUUGGAGAACACGAUCAUGGGCAUCAUGAAGGAACUCGCCAAACUGCCACCAGGCUCCCGACUUCCUGAUAAAUUUACCAAGACGGAGCCCAUAAAGUUGCUACUGGAUCAAAAUUACAAAGAGGACGUGUGCAUGGACAAGCUCGAGUCGUGCUUAAAAGAGGACAAACGUAGGAAGCGUAUACUGAAGAAAUUGUUCUUCAAGAAAUACAACUCGGUCCGGCAAGAUUUAAUAGGUUACGGUGGAAGACGGCUCUGGGGCGGCGAAGGCAACCUUUUCUAUAGGAAAUAAUGUUAAUUGUAAACUUAUAAAAUAUAAAACUAGCUAAUUAAGUAAUA